UUUCCGGCAGCGUCGUUGGACGUGGGGACUGAGACGUGUGGAACCGGUGUUAUCUACUGAGCUUUUUCCAGGCGUGCGGGGACAUGGCGGCGGCUUUUCGGAAGGCGGCUAAGUCCCGGCAGCGGGAACACCGAGAGAGAAGUCAGCCUGGUUUUCGAAAACGCCUGGGACUGCUGGAGAAAAAGAAAGACUACAAACUUCGAGCAAAUGACUACCGGAAGAAGCAAGAAUACCUUAGAGCUCUCCGGAAGAAGGCUCUUGAAAAAAACCCCGAUGAAUUCUACUAUAAAAUGACUCGGGUUAAACUCCAGGAUGGAGUUCAUGUUAUUAAGGAGACUAAGGAAGAAGUAACACCAGAACAGCUGAAACUGAUGAGAACACAGGAUGUCAAAUAUGUAGAAAUGAAGAGGGUGGCAGAAGCGAAGAAAAUUGAAAGACUAAAAUCAGAGCUCCAUCUGCUGGAUUUCCAGGGGAAGCAACAGAAUAAGCAUACAUUUUUUUUUGACACCAAGAAAGAAGUUGAACAGUUUGAUGUUGCAACUCACCUGCGAACAGCCCCGGAACUAAUUGACAGAGUCUUUAAUAGACCCACGAUAGAAACCUUGCAGAAGGAGAAAGUGAAAGGAGUUACCUAUCGAAAUGGAUUGAAGCAUAUAGCUAAAGAGAGGCAAAAGCAGUAUAGCUUCCUGACACAGAGGAUUGAGCGUGAGAAGAAAUUGUUCGUGAUUGCACAGAAAAUUCAAACACGCAAAGACCUUAUGGAUAAAACUCAGAAAGUAAAGGUGAAGAAUGAAACAGUGAAUUCGCCAGCUAUUUACAGAUUUCAGAGUCGUCGAAAACGUUGAAGUGUUAUGGAUAUGAAUUCUGUGUUCUUUUUCCAGUAACUAGAGAUUCCAUUAAUCUAAAUGAUGUGGUUUUCCUGUUUGUAACCAUAAUAUAUAGAUCUGACAUUUGAUAUAUUUCUAUGAGCAGCAUAAAUGCCCCUCCCCCCCAUCUG